CGUCACUAGCUGUCAAAACGAUCCACAACCGAGCACAAAAUAUAAAAAAUCCAUAUGUUUAUUUGAAUAACACUGUGUUAUUUUUCGUUGAUUGUUAACUAUAAACAAUAAAUCGUACAAGAUGACCGACUGGGAUGAAGUAAAACGCCUUGCGGCUGACUUCCAGAAAGUACAGCUGAGUUCCUCCACACAAAAAUUAUCCGAGCGCAACUGCAUAGAAGUAGUGACGCUCCUGAUGGAGAAAAAGAUGCUGGAUCUUAUAUUUUCUAGUGAUGGCAAGGAAUACAUUACUCCGCAGCAUUUAGUUACUGAAAUACUAGGUGAAUUAUAUGUGGCUGGAGGUAGAGUAAAUCUGGUUGAAUUGGCAAAGACAAUUGGUGUUGAUUUGGGCCACAUUAAUGCCCACAUUGGGGAAGUCAUCAAAGGACACAAAGAUAUCAUCUCAGUACUUGGACAACUCAUUGAUUCUACAUACAUUACAAGAAUUGCUGGUGAAAUCAAUGAAAAAUUAGUACAAUUUGGUCAGAUAAAUGUUGGUGACUUGACUAUGCAAUAUGACUUGCCAGCCGAGUUUAUUCAGACACAUAUUGUAGAGAAGAAUUUAGGAAAGUUGAUUUUUGGCCAGCAGGAUAGAAACGAUCCUAGAGUUGUCUUCACUGAGAGUUUCAUUGCGCGCUCGCGUGCGAAAAUUCGCGGAGCACUUGUGGGCCUAACUAAACCAGUUCCAAUUACAGCUAUCUUAGCUCAUGUAGAUGUUACUGAGAAAUUGUUUUUUACUCUUUUUGAUCAGUCCAGUAUGUAUGGAUCCUUAACAAGCCGACAACCUGGGGCACAGUACAUUCCCAAUGUUUAUGCACGAUCGCAACAUGAAUGGGUGCACAACUUUUAUAAGCAAAACGGAUAUUUGGAGUACGACGCUCUCACACGACAAGGCAUCAGUGAUUACAAGACUUACUUGAAGAAAUCUUCACUUGAUUUGCAGUAUUUAAGCUCGUGUGCCAUUUCUAAAUCGCUUUUAGAACGUAUCGAGGCGGAUAUUGAAGAGUGCGUUGCAAGCAAAUCACAUUUGGACCUUCACUCGAAUUUGCCAAGUGUUUUCAAUGACGCCGACAUUAAAAAUGUCAUGGAAAAGAUUCUAACUCCACAAAAACAGAAAGAAACAGUUAUUCUCGAAGGAUAUCUGUUAAGUAAAUCGUUUAUUGAUACAUUGGCAAAGGAUAUCGAUGAAUUACUGAAGGAGAAAGCGAAAUCUGCUGUAGAAUCAGGUAGGUAUCAACAGUAUCAAACCGAGUUGCAAGUUGCCAGUCAAAGAGGCAGGGAUGAUAUGGACGAACCUAUUAAGGUUGACAAACGCGAAGAACGAAGGAAAAAGGCUGCAGGUGGCAAAGCCGGUGGGGGUACACAAGGAAGAGAAACUAAGACAAAGAGUACAAAGAACAAGAAACGUGACAAAGCUGUCGAGGACGUCGAAGAAGUGGAGGUACCGAAAACAACGCUGGAGAUUAUUUCACAAGAAGAUAUUGGACAAUCAAUCCAAAUUGUUUUGGAGUCUGAAGGUUUAGAUGAUUUGAUGAACGCAAUCACAGAAUAUCUUCAUCCGGUUAUAAACGAAAAAGGUCUUCAACUUGCGGCGGAUAUUUAUCUGACGACCGUGCAGGAUCGCACUGCAUCCAGGCGACAGACACACAAUGAUGUUCAGAAUAAACUGAACACCCUUGCUGGUGAUAUUCGCUUGUUCGAGAAAGGUAUCAAACUGUUACCUUCGGAUGUACAAGCGUUGCUCUACAAGUAUCUGUUGAAAUCACAAUGUACCGAUUUUGUUAACGAGAUACUCAAUUAUAUUUCAUCCGAGGAGGGUGGAAACACCAAUGUGGAUGGUUAUAAUAACGAUCAGAGGAUUAAAUUCAUUAAUGAAUUGAAGGCAGAGUACAGAGCUCCGCUGAUUGCGUUGGUGAAAACUUUGAGCGGUGCUAAUAUUGAUGAGUUUAUGGAAAGUAUUGAUGCAGCAUUGGCAACAUGCAGUAUGAUUAUGAAGAAGGUGGAUAAAAAGAAAGAUCGAGUAUUGGUGCUUAAUCAUAAGCAUGCUUUGCUUGAGGAGAUUGAAAAGUGUGAAGAUCCACCAGUGGUGUUGCAUUUAGCUACGUUGAUCGUAUUUAUUGCAGCCACGCAAUGUAUGUUACACGCUAGCGGACGUCACAUUGUCAAUUUGCUCAGUUUUCUCAAGCAGUUUAUGACUCCCGAGCAAUAUGAAGAAUUUAGUGCUUAUCAUGAUAUGGUCGGUAUGGUUCUGGGAGGCGGCAGUGAUGUAGAAACAGCGAAAGAACGUCUGCGAGAAAAAAUGCCAGCCAUUAAAAAGAUUGCUGCUGACUUUAAAAAAUCUGCUGGUGAGAAAAGUUAAUGCCCACUUCGUUCAAACAUUGAGCAUGGUUUAAAUGAAUUAUAUCUCUACGACAAUUUGAGUUUGUACAUAUGUAAAUUUAUCAAUCUAUCAACUGAAUUACGACUAAUUACGCUGAACCACAUUACCUGUUGGAAGAUAUACAAAAAUAAGCAUGGAUAAAAACUAAUCCGUUCGGUUAUGGUUGUUAAAAUGUAUGAAGGUCAAAAAUAAAGACGAUGUAUGUUUAAA